AUGGCUGCGGAAUUAUCGUCCAAGUCGUUUCCAUCGUCAUCGUCCAUCGAACUGGCGAGUAUCGCAGAGCUUAACCAGCACUGUUUGAUGCCAUUCUUGGCGGUGUUGCGGAAAUUUAUCCGUAUUGUGAUCACAGCGAACGAGCGAAGUUCCUCCGGAAGUUCCUCCGGAAGUUCCUCCGGAAGCUCCUCCAGAAGUUCCUCCGGAAGUUCCUCCGGAAGUUCCUCCGAAAAUUCCUCCGAAAGUUCCUCCGGAAGUUCCUCCGGAAGUUCCUCCGAAAGUUCCUCCGGAAGUUCCUCCGGAAGUUCCUCCGGAAGUUCCUCCGGAAGUUCCUCCGGAAGUUCCUCCGGAAGUUCCUCCGGAAGUUCCUCCGGAAGUUCCUCCGGAAGUUCCUCCGGAAGUUCCUCCGGAAGUUCCUCCGGAAGUUCCUCCGGAAGUUCCUCCGGAAGUUCCUCCGGAAGUUCCUCCGGAAGUUCCUCCGGAAGUUCCUCCGGAAGUUCCUCCGGAAGUUCCUCCGGAAGUUCCUCCGGAAGUUCCUCCGGAAGUUCCUCCGGAAGUUCCUCCGGAAGUUGCUCCGGAAGUUCCUCCGGAAGUUGCUCCGGAAGUUCCUCCGGAAGUUCCUCCGGAAGUUCCUCCGGAAGUUCCUCCGGAAGUUCCUCCGGAAGUUCCUCCGGAAGUUCCUCCGGAAGUUCCUCCGGAAGUUCCUCCGGAAGUUCCUCCGGAAGUUCCUCCGGAAGUUCCUCCGGAAGUUCCUCCGGUUGCUCCGGAAGUUCCUCCGGGAGUUCCUCCGGAAGUUCCUCCGGGAGUAGUCAAUCACCCUCACCACGCAAUCCACCAACAACAUCCGAUAUUCGAAAUCUAUCGACAUCUACAGCUAAACAUCCAAAGGCACCUGAGCACGGCGAUCGAAUACCCCGUAAAGAACAACCUUUUACCUCUCCACCAUCGAAGCGACGAGAUAACCGCAAAUUCGACAAACAGGAUUAUGACGUCAAUACCCGUAGUAGGAGCGGAAAACGGCAGAUGGAAAUAUCUCUUAUUGAAAACAACAACUAUCGGGGGAAACGUAUAUCAACGCCAAACACAAACAGCACCACCUCAAACAACGACAAGAAUAAUGGACAAGAAGCCAUAUAG